AUGUCUCUUGAGCGCCUUCCCAGCGCGACGCGAGCUAAACUGCGGUCCGCGCAACUGCUGACAUCCGUGCCGCAAGCCGUCUCCGAACUAUUGCAGAACGCGCUUGAUGCCGGUGCUCGACACGUUGAAGUAGGCAUUGACGCGUCAAAGUGGGAGUGCUGGGUACGCGAUGAUGGGGAAGGUAUCUCACGCGAUGGUCUCACUGCUAUCAGUAGCGGACGCUACCAUACGAAUAAGGCGUAUGAGCCAGCUUCACUCGACGAAAUUUCGACCUUUGGCUUCCGUGGCGAGGCCCUUGCUUCGGCUGCAGAUAUCUCUUGCAUAGAAAUUGUCUCUCGUACGGCCCGUUCUCGCGAAUGCAGGACCAUAAUAAUGAAGAACUCUAAAUGCCUCUUUGACGGACCCUCCUCCCGUUGGCGCAGGGAAAGACCCGGUACCGUUGUCUGUCUACGCGAUAUGUUUUAUAAUCUGCCUAUUCGUCGUACCUCACACCCAACGCCCGCCAAGACGCUGGAACUUAUCCGGAAAGAAAUCGAACUUUAUGCCCUAGUCUUCCCUGAGGUUUCGUUCAACCUGGAGGAUACGUCCCGUAGUCACGAAGGCUCAUCUGGUGCUAUGCGUCUUCUCAGUGUGCCUAGAACAAACUCAAUGCUGAGUGCGUUUCGGGCCAUACAUGGGCGCGCACUCGCUGAGCGUGUGUAUGAGAUGAGCGAGACUUGCGGAGAAGUGACACUCUCGGGUUUCAUCAGUCUCAGCGGCGCAUUGUCCAAGUCUCACCAGUAUAUAUAUGUCAAUCGUCAUCCUCUGACCCCCAAUCAACUACACCAUGCAAUCAACAGCGAGCUCUCAAGGAGUACAUUCGGUCGUUAUGAUCCCGCCGACGAAAAUGAUGUUCCUAGUCCGUCUCAAGCCGUCUCUCGGCGCUCGCCUCGGAAAAGCGAGCGCAAGCCUGUCUACGUGCUCAAUAUAUCGUUGCCGCCCAGCGAAGUCGACAAUUGUGUCGAACCAGCGAAGACAGCGGUGCAUCUCAUGAACGACGAGACAGUCACAGACUUCCUCAUCUCUGUGGUCCGUGCUUUCCUGCUUCGGCACGGCUACGCUUUCAACCGAACAGAAUCUCCGUCCCCCACUCCAUCCCCGCGCAAGCGCCGUAGAAUUGAUCGGACACCAUCACCAUUGAAGCGAGCAACAUCGUCCCACGCUGAAUCCGAUGCACUUCCCGAGCCACUAUACGUGUAUCCUGGACAAACCAGUGAUGACAAGGUGCAAUGGCGCGAUCCGGUGACAGGCAUAAGAUACCUUGUUGACUCUCGUACUGGCAACUCUUAUCCAGCCGACGAUGUGCGACAUGAUGACGAAGAUCCUGAAGAGAGAGCUCAACUUCGCAGACGGACACUGGCUCUGGAUAAAGCCCGAGGAUCCGUAGCUGAUGACGGGACACCCGCUUGGCUCACCGAAGCGCUCAAAGCCAAUGCCGCGUACAAAUUGCCCGAACGACGCAUCGCGGCAGUCCCGCCAGCCACUCAACCUCAGUCUCAAGUGCCCAAGCCGCACCUCCACUCGUGCGAUACGCAUACACAUGCUCUCGACAUGAAGUCGACGACUUUCGAACGGUCGGAUCUCCUGCGCGCCCGCGUCUUGGCUCAAGUUGAUCGCAAGUUUGUGCUACUCGCGCUUGGUGACGGCCCUGGGUCUACACUCGCACUGCUGGAUCAGCACGCCGCGUCAGAACGCGUUCGAGUUGAACGGUUCUUGGGCGAACUGUGCGAGGGCAAGAGCGUUGAGCUGAGCGUACCGGUGCCGAUCUUGCUUGCGUCGAACGAGGCCCGUGUGCUACGAGAGGCGCAUGAGCUUCUGGCGCAAUGGGGACUCGUACUCGAGUUACCACCAGAGACGGUGCCGAGCGUGGCGAAAGAGCGAGACGCCCAUGACCAGGUGCUCGUAUCGGCUGUUCCAGACGUCGUGAGCCGAAAGCUUCUCAUGCCAGGCGAACUGAGCAGCCUGCUGAAAAGCGUCGUUGCGGACCUCGAGUCGGGUGAACUGUCGCCCCCUAGCGUGUCACAAGCCCAGUCUCGCGAUGAAGCGUUCGCGUGGAAGCGCGCGCUGCGAUACUGUCCAAAGGGCCUCAUCGACCUAGUGAACUCCCGAGCAUGUCGAGGUGCGAUCAUGUUCAACGACCCGCUUACGCCUACGCAAUGCGAGCGCCUGGUCGGCCAACUCGCGCAAACGGCGUUCCCCUUCCAAUGUGCGCAUGGAAGGCCCGCUCUGGCCCCGCUCGCCCGUCUGGGGGAUGUUCCGUCGCGUCGGCAGCAGCGCGGCGGGAGGAUCGACUGGACUGUUUUUGCCAAUGUAGUAGACGAGUAG